AUGAAGUUAGCUGCUGAACGCGCGCUAGCCGAGUGCGAACGCGAAACUCUGUUACUGAAAGUCCGGUUGGCAGAGGCCGAGAGUCCAACCAGAGCCACAGCUCUGAGUAUGUGUCUCAGCGGGGAGGCUUUGAAAGUCUUUGGUCGACUCGGUCCGGAGGUUUCGAUGGAUUACGAGAAAACGAGGUUGGCUUUGCUGCAGCGGUUUCGUUUCACCGCGGAGGGGUACAAGGAGAAGUUCCGUGAGAGCAAACCCCAGGACGGUGAAAUCGGAAGACAGUAUACGGCAAGAAUUGCCAGUUUCUUUGAUCGCUGGGUGGAACUCUCUGGCACGGCGUCUAACGUUGAAGGGCUAAGAGACUUAGUAGUUGCCGAGCAGUUUCUUAAUAACUGCCACAGCCGACUAGCGCUGUUCCUCAGAGAGAGGAAAUGUAAGACUCUCAGCGAGACGGCUGAGGUGGCGGACAGUUUCCUGGAAGCCCAACGACAACGCAACUUGCUCGUAUUUGGGGAAAAGACUGAGUUGGGGGACACAAGAGGAAAGGAAGUAAACACUACCAACAAACCUCAGGUCAAAUGCUUUGUAUGCGACAAACCGGGACACAAGGCAUCUGACUGCCGUUCGAAACCGAAACAACUCUACUGCGUGUACUGCAGUCGAACUGGUCACGAUGCAAAGACCUGCACAAAGGGCAGCGACUCGAAGGAAGCUUCAUGUUGCGUGUCUCUAGGAAGCAGGAGAGAGCAUUCGCACCAGGCCUCGGAACCUAAUUCUAGAAUCGAAGAGGGCGAUAGAAACGGACGGGGGGCCAAGACAGCGUACGACUUGCCUGUUUUAAAAGGCACACUUGACGGCCAGGCUGUCCCCGUCUUAAAGGACACCGGUAGCAACACCGUGGUGGUGCGUCGCUCGCUCGUCCCGGAGGCAGCACUCACGGGGACCACAGCCACAUUGCGGCUGAUAGAUGGCCGAAGCAUCGACGUUCCUGAGGCGCAAGUGGAUAUCACCUCCCCCUAUUUCACUGGGACCGCAGUGGCCAAGUGA